UGUGACAGCUUUGGCUUUGCGUUCGGUGGUGUCUGAACUACUCCCAAAGGGAAGGGAAACUGCAUUUUCUCCAUUCCCCACUGGUAUAUCGUUGAUGCAGCUAGCAAGCGAACGCUUCAAGUUAAAUCCAGUAUUUUAAGAGUUCAGGGUUGAUGUUCCUUAUCCACUUUCCCACUCGAAGAACCGCUGUUCGAUACAUUUCGAAAAAUAAUAUUAUUUUAGUCCGACUGAACAAGACAAAUUGAAGUGCAAAGUUAAUAGUUAAAUUUCUAUUGAUUUGCUAGCUUGCAUUGCUAGUUGGGAAAGCUAAGGUUAGCUACGAUAUUUAGUUUUCUAAGAUUUAAAAGGGCGGGUAUUAUUUUUAGCCAUCAACAGUUUGUUAUUGCUCAUUCGAAGACACCGGCUAAUUAGUUAAUCAUAGCUAACUCGUAACUAGCUCGCUUUAAUACUGUGAGUAUUCAGCCUGGAAGCCAAUUCAAGGCCUUGCUUACCACCAGUCUGCAUCGCCGUGCAGUGAGAGCUGAAAGAUUACUUGGUGACAAAAAGACUUCUCCCUGAGGAGCCAAGAAGUAGACGGCUCAUGACUUCUGACCAGGAUACAAAAGUUGUAGCUGAACCACAGGUGCAGCAAGUACAAGAACCAAAAGAGAGCUCUCAUCUGGAAUCUGCCAAGGUUUCUGACCUGAACCCCAAUGCGAAAGCAUGGGCCAAUCACAUGCUUAACCUGGACACCACCGCUGGGACUGCAGAUCCACCUGCUCUCCAGCCAUGGAAGGACGGCUGCGUUAGCAGCUCCGCUAACCCUGGGCCAGAAGGCUGUGAAGCCAGCGAAGACGAAGUGUUUGAAGGGACCCUACUAGCUGACCCAGAUGAGCCGCCGCCGGUGGCGGUGAUACUGGCAGAGCCGGCUCCCAUGGCUGCCACCGUCACCCUGGAGUGCUCCGACCAUGCUGCAUACCCAGAGUCUGGCCAGGAGGAAACUCACACAGGCAGUGAGACCCAGCAGGAGAUCCCUCAAGAGGACCUCCGGGAACACCUGAAGAAGACCCUGGAGUUCUGUCUUUCCCGAGAGAAUCUGUCCAGCGACAUGUAUCUUAUCUCUCAGAUGGAUAGUGACCAAUAUGUACCAAUCGUGACGGUAGCUAAUCUGGACCACGUCAAGAAACUCAGCACGGAUGUGGAGUUGAUCGUCGAUAUCCUACGAUCUCUGCCGUUGGUCCAGGUGGAUGAGAAGGGGGAGAAGGUGAGACCCAACCAGAACCGCUGCAUCGUCAUCCUCCGAGAGGUCCCUGAGAGCACUCCCAUAGAGGAGGUCGAGGCUCUUUUUAAAGGAGAGAACUUACCUAAAUUCAUCAAUUCUGAGUUUGCCUACAACGACAACUGGUUCAUCACCUUUGAAUCGGAAGCAGAUGCACAACAGGCAUAUCAGUAUCUUCGUGAAGAAGUGAAAACCUUCCAAGGGAAGCCUAUUAAGGCACGGAUAAAGGCGAAGGCAAUCGCUAUUAACACUUUUAUGCCAAAGAAUGGCUACCGCCCGGUGGAGGUUCACCCUUACGUUCAGCAGCAGCAACAACGUUACACCUCCUACUACAUACCUCCAGUGUACAGCCCUCAGCAGCAGUUCCCCCUCUACAGUCUCAUCACUCCACAGGCCUGGUCAGCCACCCACAGCUUCAUAGACCCUUCGCUGGUUACCCAAUUUCACAACACUCAAUUUAUCAAUGGAUUUACAACAUCCCAUAGUUUUAAACCAGCAACGUCUCCUCUUGCUGGUGUUAGGCACUACUCUCCCAGGAAUAGGAAUCACACUCACAGUAAACCUCACCUGAGGCCCACAAUGCCUAUCAUGGACCAGCGCGGCACAGGGCUCCUGGACAGCCCCACCAUCUUCAACUUCCCCACGGAGCGAAUUCUGAACGGGGUACCGCGGGGUUCCCCCCAAAUGACGCGCCCCCCGAGUCAGAACAGAACCAGGUUACCCCCCUCCACCAUGACCUACCCCAGGAGAGACAUCAGUACAGGUCGGUUGGAGCCCGUCAGCACUGACUACUCACUGGGCAUGGGCCGGGGAAGGACAAAUAUUUAUGGUUCUAGGAAAAAGAGGGACGACAACAAGUUUACAAGAAUGGCUACCCAGUCGCCACCCCCUCCUCAGAAGCCCCCGUCCCCCAGCUUUGAGCUGGGGCUCUCCAGCUUCCCCCCUCUGCCUGGGGCCGCAGGCCACCUCAAAACCCCUGACGACAUGUUUGAGAACAAACUGGCCAGCAUGGUAUUAGGAGCCACAAAGGACAGGAAUGUAAGCGUUGAUGCCAGCUCUGCAGGUGCCCUCCCCCCAGGAGGACCCAAGGAGCCACUAAGGACAGUCACUUCUCCACAGCCACCGAACCUCCAGCCCUCUGUCCCCCCGAACCCAGGACCAGCCUCUGGCCCUGUCCAUGUUUCCUCCCAACCUGCAGAGGAAGUGAAGGUUCUGGAGGUGAAUCAGGAGACUCAGGUUUCUAUGGAGCGCGUCACUACCGCUCUGUACACUGCUAGCAAAUCUGUUCAAGUCAAUGGUACUGCUACAGAACUGCGAAAGCCCUCUUACGCUGAGAUCUGCCAGAGGAUUAAAGACCACGCUCCGACACUACAGGCCCCUAAAGACGCCAAACCAGCCAGCAGCGCUGCCUCCGCAGGAGAGGAGAGGAAGUGCACUGACGCAGCCCCAGGGGACAGGGGUGAGCCAAAGGUCCCCCGAGAGACAUACCCAUGCUCCUCCAAGUCUGCCACCCUCGGCAGACCCCGAGAGGUCCGGAGACCGACCGGCCGGUGGCCUUCACCACCCCCCAACCACCCAGGGAAGGGUGCCAGCAGCAAAGAUCUCAACACUCCCCCAAAGUCCCCGCAGUAACCCCCCACUGCAAUCAAGUCAAUUUCAAAACAAAAACGUGAGAGUGAAAGAAAUCUGAAAAAGUCAGGGCUAUUCAAAUACAACCUAUUCUAAAAUCACCAGUCAUUCAUAGCAUAGAGAGGAUGCCUUUCUGGAUCAGGGCUUUCAGACAAUAGCACUUUAGUGUGCAUAUAGAGCACCGUUAAUCAUUUUGACUUAUUUAUUUUUGGAGGGUUUAUUUUUUUCAUUGCUUUUGUUAUUUAGUGUCAAUCUGAAAACUUACUCCUGUUCAGAUUAGUGGGAUAAAUUCAUAUGUCCAAAGUAUUGUGAGGUCAUCAGUGGAAGCCAACAACAGGUGAAUGAAAGGAAGCAGAUGAGGAACAGAGUAGCUGUUGCCAUGUCAUUCGUUGUGACACUGAGGGGGUGUCUGUAUGUCUUGUAUGCAGUCCUGUUAAGUGGUGAUGUGAUUCCAUUGCCGGGUGUGAUGAUCACCAUAUCAGUCAGACAAGAUGGCUGUGUCCCAAAUGGCAACCUCAUCCCUAUAUAGUGCACUACUUUCGAUCAAAAGUAGUGCACUACAUAUGGAAUAAGGUACCAUUAGAGACGCAUCUAUGAUGUGUUUUACAUAUUUGUGUUGAUAUUCAAGGUCAACUAGUCCAGGCUCAUUUUACAGACAUAACUGAAAUCCUCAGACUUCAUUUGUGAGGAACUUCGCCACUGGUGUCAUUUAUCAAAACUAGAUGACCUUUUUGCCAACAUGGAACACUUUAUCUCGUUAGAAUACAAGCAUUUGAGGAGAAUACGUUUAUUUGCAUACUGGUUUUGAUCGUUGGUACAAGUACUACUUGUUGCGUGCUGGUGGUUUUGAGAGCGCCUUAGACUUUCUUUAUCUGGUGUUUCUUGUGGUAAAAAUUACAUUUUACAUUUUACAAUUACAUCGUUUUCUGUUGUCCAAUGCAGGAAUCUGUUUCCUAGCCGUGUAAAGCACAUAGCUAGUUAGUCCUCGUAGAGAGCCACUAUCGGGGUCAGUAGAAAUCUACAUGCAUUUUGAUCUUGGAAAAAGCAGAUGAGGGUCGUUCCAGCAAUUCGGUGCCUUUUGGGAUGUGUAACUUGGUCCAAUUUAAUUUCUUCACUUUAUUUUUUACUUUCUGUCAUAAAGAGCACGUAAAACUUAACACGUUUUCCCAUCUCAACGUUAAAUACAAAAUUACUAUAGUAAGUGACAAAAUAAGUAACAGGGUUGACUGUCGCAGGGUUGACAAUUUUAUCUUAGAUCAGCUGUGAAUCCCAUAUUGAAAGGUGGAAUGGAAGUUUGUUGUGUAACAGGUAGUGGCAAUUGAUUGCCACUGUCAUAAACAUUUUUAACGUAACAUUUCUAACCUGUCUAUCUAUGGGUAACAGGGUUGACAUGGUAUGCUUGACUCGCUCAGUUUUCUACCACAAAACACCAGAAAAUGGCAAGAGUAGAACUGGCUCACCUGCUUUUACACUGUGAUUUGACUAGAUGUUCAUGUUUCUUUUGAAAAAAAAAAAACAUUUAAAAAAGGAAUAGUUUUACUAUAUUAAAAUGAUAGUUCAGUUCGCGUAACAGGGUUUACCUUUAAAUUGAGGGACACAGAAAAUCACAAAUAAAAAAUAAUCUUCAGAUAUGACUGUCAAAGCAACAAAUUAUCUAGGGCUUUACAAUGAUAGGUUAAAAUAUUCCUAGAAGUCACGGAGGGAUUUUGAAUUUAGGCACUAACAAGUCUUCAUUCAUAUAAAGAAUUUGAUUUAUUGAAUUCCCAUGUGGUCUAUAUUAAAGGGCACUUCAUUUAAUAUAACACACUUUUUUUUAAAUUCAAUAUUUGUGCACCAUUUAUACUUUAAAUAUCAAAGGGGUCCAAAAGUUUUAUCAUUUCGUGGAACGACCCAUACAUUCAUCACAUGGUGUCGAUUGGUGCCUCUUGUAGACUAUAUUUUCUUUCUUUACUAUUUUGCUGUGAAACAAGCAUGUCAGACUAGUUCAGCAGGCACAUACGUUGGCAAUGGAUAGGCUAUAGUGGAGGCUUCUGCGUGGAGGAUGACUCAUAAUAAUGUCUGGAACGGUGCGAAUAGAAUCAAACACUUAGAAAACAAGUGUUUUGAUGUAUUUGACACCGUUCCACUCCAGCCAUUAACACAAGCCCGUUCUCCCCAAUUAAGGUGCCACCAACUUCCUGUGCUCAGCUAUUAGGAGUCGGCAGUAGGGUUUUGGCAGGGUGUAGUGACUUCAUUCAAACAGUGGGAUGUUUUAUUUUAGAUAGCUAUGGUGCUAGCUAGAGGAUGAACCUGGAACUUGCUACUUCAAAUAAUCUGGUACUGUACUUAGAUAAUACUUGAUACAUGUUGUCAACUAAACGUUGCACUUUGUUUUGUUUCUGGAUUAAUUAAGAAAUCCAUAUUUUACCUACAUACAGAAGCAAAAGGGAACCUAACAUGUAAAGACAAAUAUGGGAAGGUCUGAUGGUCACAUAAUUAAUCCCUUUAAAAUUUCAGCUAUACAACCAAUAGAUUUUUCCCCCUAAAGAAUGAAAUUUCUUCUUGCCAUUUGACUUGUGCAUUAUGUUGUGACAGGAUGAUCAGCUUUCAGAAUCUCUCAAAUGUUGACUAAUUGUAUUAACCUCUAUGCGGAUAAAUUCACACGAGUUAAACUUUUUUGUUUACUCCCAUGUAAAUGCCUACAAGACAUACUUCCGUGCAUGCUGAGAACUUUAGUCUUGGUGUAGAUAGUCAUUUUAUUUUGUGCACACCCUAUGGAGUCUCACUCAUUUUAUUUUGUUUUGCUUUUGAGCUAGUCAUUUGUGAAACCACUGGUGCGUGGUGUUUUUUGAAGCUGUUCUAGCUUAUUCAGUAUUACAGUAGUUAAUUAUAAUGUGGGUGUACACCUUAGAAUGUGUACACCUGGUGGCUCAAAUGGGAAAAAUAAGUGGAAUUGGUUAAAAGGAAGAAGUACGAUAUUCUUUCCACUACAAAUGUUAUAUUUGAAGGUAAACCAUGAUGCAGCCAUUUUAGAAAUAAGGUAUUGCUUUAUUCAUUGGGUUACAGUCAAACAAACGAGUAGUGAACUGGACCCUGUGAGAAUCCAGUGAGUGAAUGAAAUGACCUUAGACCUGUUUGCAUACUGUGAACCUGAGCAGCUUAUCGAUGAGUCCUUUCAGUUUGGGCAAGAAAACGUUGUGCAGAGGGGGCAGCACUCUUGGGUCAUUCCAAAUCCUUCCCCCCUCACAUACAGUAGAAGUGCCCCUGUUCACUGCAGGACUUACUCAAUAUUUAUUUUUGGCAUGCUUUUCUCUUUUUAGAAUGCCUUCUAUAGAUUUCUCCUGGCUCUCCAUACAAAAACCAUAUAGCUUCCAAAUUCCCCUCUGUACUCUGCAUAAAUGUAUAAGUAGAAAAAAAAACAACUCAUAAGUGGAACUUGUGCACUUCUUUAGUGUCUCAUUGACGUCUUCCUGCAACAAGGAGUUUAAUACUCUGCUUAGAUAAGAGGACUCAUUUUGGAGAGGAGACAUUGCCUAAGUCACAGAAUGGCCUGUACUGAUAGUCAUUGCUGCUUUUGAUUUUGAUGCUUUUGAUUUUGGUUUUGGUUUGCAAAAACAUUAUUUUGUUUUAUUUUGAAAGACUGGGAUGCACUUGGGUGGACAGUCUUUAAAUUGCAGUUUUUUUUUAAAAUUUGAUUUUAAUUUUUUUUCUGAGAUGGUAUAAAAGACAUGAUGCACCAUAUCUGCUUAUUUAUAAACCAAUGCUGUUUAUUCCAUGAGAGAUCAUAAAAAUGUUUAUUUUUAAGAAGAAAUAUACAAUAUACAACUGUAUAUUUUCCAUCCAGUGUUUGAAAAACUUGAAUUUUAUUUAAACUUGAAAAUGACUUUGCCUUAACUUUUAUAUGAGACAAUGUAGAGUAUUUAUUUUCAAACCCCAAAAUGUUACUAAGGGUAACACAUCUAAAUGUUUAGUCGUACCAAACAUCACAAGUCUUACUAGGUCUUAAAGUACAAAUCUGUCAGCAUUUUUUUUUUUGCGGGGGGGUGUAAAAUUGUAAGAAAAUUGUCUAAUUUGAUUUAACUUUGUUUCUACUUCCUAUUUUCAGUUGUUUUGGGGAAAUAUAAAUCCUGUAAAUGCAAAAUAGUAAAUACUGUAUCAAAUAUGUGCACUUUGAAGUGUGUGCUUUGCUUGUACAAUUGUAAAUAAUCUGAAAAAUAGAGGUACCUUAAAAUGAUUUAAAAAAUAUAUAUUGAUCUUGUUGAAAUAUUAAUGUCGCUUUUUGAGCUGGAUGUAGGAUAAAAACUAAAUGUUGUGAUUUGAUUUUGAAUAUUUUUUUUCUAUAUUUUUUUUCUAUUCUGGUGUGCAGAAUUGCUUCUCCCUCACUUUGCGACAGGGAAGGUUGUCUGAUUGUAACUUUUUAAAAGUCAUUCUCAUUCCAUGUCCUUGUGUUUUUCAACCCCUGGUAGACAAUGUUUUCUGUUGGCCAACCUCUUCACUGUGCACAGUGAGAAAAGGGAAGAACCUACCUGUCGUACAAACACGCAUCCUUAAAUGAAAGCACAGUCGGUACUAUUAUCUGACAGACUGUGCUUAUAGCAGUCUGUGAUUUAGCCCAUACAAUAAUUCUUUAUCACAGUAAAGCACAUUUGUAAGCACAGGAACAUCAAAUCUUUCUCACACAACCAAUUUCAAGUCCAUAGCAGCAUACUGUAUAAUUGUACCAGACAUGAACCUUUCAUGUUUGGAGUGAAGGUGAUUUAAGCAUUGUUGAUAUUCUGUUUAGUUUUUCUUUUUGAAGGUUUGUUUUUCAUGAAGUUGUAUGUCAACUGAACUUUCGUAGCCCCCAGCACUAAACUUGACAAAUAAAAAUUCCUUUUGGUAGGCUUUACCAGUGUUUAGACUCAAGUAUAAUAGUGUAGAUAUUUGUACACAUUUCAACAAGAAAAUUAGUUUUCUGGCACAUACUGUAUAACAUACUGUGCAUUGUCCUUUUUAUCAGUUGAUCACACAUGUGGACUGCAUUUAUCUGUGCCAUUAAUUUGUUUCAACCUGGCAGUUUGUUUGACUUGUACUGUAAUUAAACACUUGACAUUAUAAUUGUUACUGAGGAAGUGUAGCUGGUCUUGAAACUAUAUAACUGGGAAUAAUAAUGUGAUACCACUGACAUUAGACAAAGUACUCAUAGCAACCCGCAUCUGAUCUGGCUAAUGAAGUCUAGGUAUGUACAUUAAGCUAGUCUAUGCUAGUAGGCCUUUCUAAUGCAAAAUUCUAAUACUGUUGUCUUUGCAGAUUGGGUAUUGAUAUGUUAUCUGGCUGGGCACUGAGUUUGUAUGAGAAAGUGUUUGUGAGAAGUUAACCAAACACAACUGCAAAAUUGACUGACGGUUGAAGUAAAGUAAACCAAAGGGUGAUUAGCCAGCCAGGUUUGUGCAGCAUGAUCUGAAAAUUAUUCUGUUAUUGGUUUCUCUCCUGAAGAUUGCACUGCUUACAGUACGAAAGUGUUUAACUUUUUCUUCUUUUGCGCGCACUACUAAAGCCCUGUUGUAAUGUUCUGCUGUUCUUGUGUUACUGUGCACAGACAGUCUCUCCAUAUCAAGCGGUCUCGUUCUCCCUGCCCAGUUCGCUUCUUUCUGUUACGUCUCACCAGUUUGAUAGUGCCAUGUAUUUUUUGCAAAGGUUUCAGCUUGUUGUAAAUUGACUGUAAAUUGAUGUUACAAUGCACCAACUGACUGGAAUGAGACGAACCAAUUGUCUCACUAUCAAAUCACUGUGUUAAAUUAACUCAUUUUUACGCUAACAGCAGUGGACAAUCGAUGACUUGAUGGGGAGAAUAACCUAACGGUAACAGUUGUUCAUCGAGGUUUCUUUGAGAGGGCUUUUGAUUUUUGUCUUAACUUUUCUUCCAUUUAAGACUGGAAUCAAGCGUACAUGUCAACUAUUGAUAAUUUAAGUUACUCUUGUGUCAUGAUGUAAAACUGUCUAAUUUGGAGAGGGAAAAAAUGUAGCUUAUUGAAAAAUAAAGAUUUAGGCACUGUUAAUGAGUUGUCUCGUGAUUGUGGUACACACAAUCUGGGGGUUGGUCCAGAAAGCAGGAUGAAUGAGUGAGUUAGCCAGCUAACUGUCCUAAAUAUUGUGUCUAAAACAUUAGGGCAUCGACACAGGUGUCUUUCCAUUACAUAGACUGACCAGGUGAAUCUAGGUGAUGGCUAUGAUCCCUUGAUGUCACUUAAAUCCACUUCAAUCACUGUAUGAAGGGGAGUGGAUGAGUUGAAGGAUUUUUAAGUCUUGAGAUAUGGAUUGUGUAUGUGUGCCAUUCAAAGGGUGAAGGGGCAAGACAAAAUACUGAAGUGCCUUCUGAACGGGGUAUGGUAGUAGGUGCCAGGUGCACCGUUUUGAGUAUCAAGAAUGGUCCACCACCCAAAGGACAUCCAGCCAACUUGACACAACUGUGGGAAGCAUUGGAGUCAACAUUGGCCAGCAUCCCUAUGGAACACUUUCGACACCUUGUAGAGUCCAUACCCUGACGAAUUGAGGCUGUUCUGAGUGCUAAAAGGGGGUGCAACUCAAUAUUUGGAAGUGUUCCUAAUAUUUUGUGUACUGUGUAGACUUGAAAUGGUAUGAUAGACUCAACAACCCAUAUUAAAGUUUAAUAUUUCUAAAUUAACCAGAAAAGGCAUAUGACUGUCAGCUUCUUAGCUGGCGAAAUGAAUCCUGCUAGGAGCUUCUCUCCUAUUUAUUUUCUAAUGCUAGAUUUGUGUUCUCGCAAAAAUUGCCUGGAAUCCUGUGUUCUACUAGGGUUGGUUGUUUUUGGCCAUCCUAUUCAAACUGCACAUGUUAUAAUGCCAUGAGCCAUUGUCCAAAAAUAGAAAGGUUUUUCAGAUAUUCCUUUUUUGUCUUUUUUCAGCAGGCAAGUUAACACCCACAAAGCCAUGGUCCAUCCACCACAUCAUAUCGAAGUCUACGGCAAUUUGUAAGCCGCUCUGGAUAAGAGCGUCUGCUAAAUGACUUAAAUGUAAUGUAAUGUAAUGGAAUGCUGUUCUGUAUUUUCAUGCGAAAUACUAGCCACAAGGUGGCAACAUAUUCACACAAGGACAUCUUGGAGGAUUUGUUCCACAGCACACCACAAUCCUAUUAGAUUAAGCCAGAGUAUCACUCCCCAAACAAAACCAUAGGCUUCUUCAAACAUCUCAUGAGUCCAGUUUUAUUUGAUCCGAUUGUCUUGCAGCUGCAGCCAUUUUGUUAACAAGUAGACCUGUUCAUAAGCAACUUGUAACCCCUCUAUAAAAAUACUUCUCCAGUGGUAGGCCUUCUGUUCAAGCACAUGUUCCUCCCACUCCGUUUCCCAUGUCAUGGCUGUUUUUGCAUUUUAUGGGUAAGUCCCGAAUGGCACCCAAUUACCUAUAUAGUGCACUAUUUUUGAGCUUUCCAAAAGUAGAGGACUAUAGUGCUUUUGGAAAGUUCAGACCCACAUUUUGUUAGGUUACAGCCUUAUUCUAACAUUUUAUUAAAUGUCACCCCCCAAAUCUACACACAAUAACCCAUAAUGACAAAGUAAUAACAGGUUUUUUGAAAUGUUCGCAAAUAUAAAAAAAAAUGGAAGUAUCGCAUUUAUUUAAGUAUUCAGACCUUUUUACACUGUACUUUGUUGAAGCACCUUUCGGCAGCUAUUACAGCCUUGAGUCUUCUUGGGUAUGAUGCUACAAGCUUGGCACAUCUGUGUUUGGGGAGUUUCUUGCAUUCUUCUCAGCAGAUCCUCUCAAGCUCUGUCAGGUUGGACGGGGAGCGUCGCUGCACAGCUUUUCAGGUCUCCAGAGAUAUUCGAUUGGGUUAAAGUCUGGGCUCUGGCAGGGCCUCAAGUACUUGCAGAGACUUGUCCCGAAGUCACUCCUGCGUUGUCUUUGUGUGCUUAGGGUUGUUGUCCUGUUGGAAGGUGAACCUUCGCUGAGGUCCUGAGUGCUCUGGAGCAGGUUUUCAUCAAGGAUCUCUUUGUACAUUUCUCCAUUCAUCUUUCCCUCGAUCCUGACUAGUCUCCCAGUCCCUGCCACUGAAAAACAUUCCUAUAGCAUGAUGCUGCCACCAUGCUUCACUGUAGAGAUGGUGCCAGGUUUCCUCCAGAUGUGACGCUUGGCAUUCAGGCGAAAGAGUUCAAUUUUGGUUUCAUCAGACCAGAGAAUCUUGUUUCUCAGGAGAUAGAUUUUAGGUUCCUUUUGUCAAACUCCAAGCGGGCUGUCAUGUGCCUUUUACUGAGGAGUGGCUUCCAUCUGGCCACUACCAUAAAGGCCUGAUUGGUGGAGUGCUUCAGAGAUGGUUCUCCUUCUGGAAGGUUCUCCCAUCUCCACAGAGGAACUCUGAAGCUUUCAGUGACCAUCUUCCCUGAUUGCUCAGUUUGGCCUGGUUUUUGCUCUGACAUGCACUGUCAACCUUGGGACCUUUUUAUUUAGAUGUGUGUGCCUUUCCAAAUCAUGUAUAAUUAAUUGAAUUCACCACAAAUGAACGCCAAUCAAGUUGCAGAAACAUUUGAUGAUCAAUGAAAACAGGAUGCACCUGAGCUCAAGUUUGAGUCUCAUAGAAAAUAAUCUGAAUAGUUAUGUAAAUAAGGUAUUUCUGUUUUUUUCUAGAUACCUGUUUUUGCUUUGCCAUUAUGGGGUAUUGUGUGUAGAUUGCUGAGGACUUUAACAAAAUGUAAUACAUUUUACAACAAGGCUGUAAUGUAACAAUGUAGAAAAAGUCAAUGGCUCUGAAUACUUUCCAAAUGCACUGUAUAUAGGGAAUAGUGUACCAUUUUGGGAUGGGCCUUGGUCUGUUUCCUAUUAAAAUACAGCUGCUGAGAGAUCAGCAUAAAGA